CGUGAAUUAUUUAGACGUUGUCCCAAUGAGACCGACCCUCAGCACCAGCUACGUCCACGGUGCCAUGAACAUGCCGCUUGUUGGCAAAACUAUCGGACAAUGUUUUGAUGAAACUGUGAAUAGAUUCCCGGAUAAAGAGGCAAUGGUGUUUCUGCGGGACGGAGUCAGGAAAACAUUUGGGCAGUUAAAACAGGAGGUGGACCAGAUGGCUGCAGGGUUACUCGCCAUUGGGCUGGAGAGAGGAGACCGGCUGGGCAUGUGGGGGCCUAACAUCUACGAAUGGCUGUUGACUCAGCUGGCAUGUGCACAAGCGGGCAUCAUAAUGGCUCAAAUCAAUCCAGCGUACCAGGCACAGGAGUUGCAGUAUGUUCUGAAGAAGGUUGGUUGUAAGGCACUGGUCUGCCCCAUGGCCUUUAAAACCCAAAGGUUCUACGACAUUCUGAAGCAGAGCUAUCCCGAGCUGGAGAAGGCCACUCCCGGAGAUCUCCAGAGUACCAGUCUCCCAGACCUCAAGACAGUAAUUAUGAUCGGAGGCAAGCCCCCAGGGACACUCAGCUUUGAGGAGGUGUAUCAGGCAGCUUCCAGCAGUCACCGUGAGCAACUGUUAAAUGUGCAGAAGAAAAUGUCCUUUGACGAUCCAGUGAAUAUCAUAUUUACUUCGGGCACCACAGGAAGCCCCAAAGGAGUUACUCUCACCCACCAUAAUCUGGUCAAUAAUGCUCGUUCCAUUGGGUACCGAAUUGGCUACAGUUGGCGGGAUGCCCGGCUCUGUGUCCCAGUCCCCCUCCAUCAUUGCUUUGGAUCUGUGGGAGUCUCUCUGGCGAUGUGCGUCUAUGGAAUUCAUGCCUGCUACACGUCUCCAGGUUUUGAGGGAAGGGCGGCCUUAGAGGCAAUUCAGAAUGAAAGAUGUACAAUACUGUAUGGGACUCCAACCAUGUACUUUGACAUGCUGAACCAGAAGGACUUCUCUACAUUUGAUCUCUCGACACUGGAAGCAGCAAUUGUAGGCGGUGCUCCCUGCCCCCCCGAACUGAUCCAGCAAAUCAUGGAGAAGAUGAAAAUCACUGAAACUGUAGGAGCGUAUGGGUCAACAGAGACCAGUCCUAUCGCAUUUCAGGGAUUCCCAAUGGAUGAAAUAACACGGAAAUUAGAGACAGCUGGCUACAUCUCACCGCACACCGAGGCUAAAGUUGUGCAUCCCCAAACUGAGGAAAUCCUUCCCUUGAACACGGCUGGGGAGCUGUGGAUCCGUGGGCACAAUGUAAUGUUGGGAUACUGGAAUGACCCAGAGAAAACAAAGGAAUGUAUCACUCCACAGGGCUGGUAUAAAACAGGCGAUAUUGCCUCACUUGACUCGUACGGAUACUGUAGGAUCGUAGGCCGAAUUAAAGACAUGGUCAUCCGUGGAGGAGAGAACAUUUACCCUGCGGAGGUGGAAACGUUUUUGCACACUCAUCCCAAAGUUCAGGAGGUGCAUGUGAUUGGAGUUCAUGAUGACAAGAUGGGUGAGGAGGUCUGUGCCUGUGUGAAAGUGCAGGAUGGAAUCGAGUGCACAGCUGAGGAGCUUAAGACCUUCUGCAAAGGAAAGAUCUCCCACUUCAAGAUCCCACGAUACAUUGUGUUUAUAAAGGAUUUCCCCAUGACCGCCUCUGGGAAGGUUCCAAAAUAUCAACUGAGGGAGACUAUUGAAUGUGAACUGAAACUGCGGCCUCAGUAAGAAACCACGCGGCAAGUGCCAUUGAUUAUCCACUUUCAUUCCUAACCCGGCACCGAGCCAAACACAGAACUGUCUGAACUGUCAGAGAACUUAUAAAGGCUUAUCUGGCUUUACCUGACCUUUUGCUGCAGGAUCGAGCUGACACCCACAGCUCCUGGUCUCCAUCUAUGUCCAAGGGAACUCCACUCUCCUCAUUCGGUUUGUAACCGAGGAAUGGGGAGCUCAAAAUUCCCUAACCAUGAACUCAGGAACAGUAAGAGGAUAUUUAUUCUCUCAUGCCUAUGUUGUCAUUCAAUUGGAUUAUACAAUAAACCCUUGUUAUUAUGGACCUCAUUAUAACAGAUUUUGGUUAAUAUGGACAGACAUACCAACCUUUACCGUGAGGGCGGGCCGCAGCGCCACCCUGACCCGCACCCCCUCCCCGGCCACUUCCUGGCUGGACUUACUGACUAUCACCUCCAGGCCAGGCUGGCGAUACCAGUCCACACUGCCUCCUAGCUGCUUGCAGACGGACCUGUUGCCAUCACCGCUGACCCUCGCCUGCAUUCCGCUCGAAUCUCGCCUCAACUCACCUGGAUUCCAGGCCCAUUUCUAGACCAAGUGUCUAAAGAAGGAUCUCGACCUGAAAUGACAACGAUCCAUGUUCCCCAAAGUUGCUCCCUGAGAUGCUAAGUUACUCCAGCACUUUGUGUCCUUUUGUAUUAACCCGCAUCUGCAGUUCUUUGUUUCUAUUAUACGAUCAUACUCUAUUAAUCGGUAAUCUUUUACUCAGUUAUAGCGGACAAUAAUGGACGCCAUUCCGCUCUUACGAUCUGUUAUAAUGAGGGUUUACUGUAGUUGAUUUGUAUCUUUGUUGCAUUUUCCCACCCUGUCCCAAUCAUUUUUAUCUUUCCCACACAAAAGACCCACCUCAUCAAGGAUUCUAUCCAAACCUAUACUAUACACAGCCACGGACCCAAACAUUUAAAGGAUUUUAUGCGUAACUUUUCCCAAUCCCCAAAGGAAUAAUCAGUUUAAAUUUACCAUAAUCCCCAAGGUGAAUAUAGCAAUCCUCCAGUGUUGAUCAUAAAUUGUUCACUUUCCAAUAUUCUAAACAUUACUAAUUGUCCCCCAUAAUAGCCACACCAUUAUCCACUAUGUAGCCAGUAGUUCUAAACUCCACCUAUUACAAAGCUGCUGAACACGAAGUACGCUCGUGCCUCUGCUCGGGUUUUCCGAGAGAACCCGAGAUAACCUGAGGGUAUCCGCAGCGCAGCACCCAGCCCCGCCCACAGCCCAGCCACUGAACACGAAGUACGCUCGUGCCUCGACUUGGGUUUCCCGAGAGAAGCCGAGAGCUUUGUACUAGAGUUGGGCUCUGUACGAGAGCUCUCUCUCUGUCUCCCCGGCAUCUCUCCGCUUUUCACAGCACGCUCGCUCGCCCCUCCCCUUCCCUCUCCCUCCCUUGUGUGUGUGGGGGCUGGUUAGUGUGCAUGUGACGCCACAGACCCCCCCCCCCCCCCCCCCCCCCCCCCCCCCCCCCCGCGCGUUGAAGGGACAGGACCCAACGGGUCCCCCUUGGUCUAGUGAAAUCUAAAUCUUUCAGACUUAACACAUAUUGCAACAUGAUAUUCAGACCAAAAGCUGCCAUCUGUUUUUUUUAUUGAGGUGAUGUACUCAUUAAGAAGGCUAUGUCUCAAGUAUUUUACUGAUCCUAGAAGGGCAUUUAUGAUUCACCUCUGGUCUUACUGACCAAUUUUAUAAUUUCAAUUUACAUAAACCUAUAUAUUCCUAAAUCAUACAGAUUAAGAAAUUUCAUACCAAUCAAAAUAGAUGGUGUUAAUUAAUUGAUUAAGAUCUUACAUACAGUAUGUAAUCUCAAUUGAUCUAUAAGCGUCACUGAAAAGUAUGAUCAUUUACUGUUUAUUUGAGAGUAAAUUGUAUAACUUUAAAUCUUGCAAUCAUUUUGAUCUGAGUUUCUCCAAAAUAAAAACAAUUCUAUACCUUA